AUGGGAGAUACUGCACACAACCUCCCAUGCCCGUCUGGCGCCUCAGUAACAGUGUCCGUUCUCAAUAAUUGUUUCCUUCGAGGAGUGCCUACAGCACCUUACGUGGAGCCUAUCAGGCCUGGACAUGAGACCUUCAACGACCUUCCAUGCCUCGUCUUCCUGAUCGAGAACUCCACUGGUAGAAAGGUCCUCUUCGAUCUUGGGCUGCGAAAGGACUGGGAGAAACUAAGCCCCGUAUCUUUGACGGAGAUUCAGAACGAUAAAAUUCAUAUCGUACUGGAGGAGGACAUUGUUGAUAUUCUACAACGCGGGGGAAUCGAACCAGGUGAAAUAGAGGCAGUGGUCCUAAGUCACCAUCACUGGGAUCAUGUCGGAGACCUGAGCUUAUUUCCUGAGACUACACGCGUUGUUAUUGGCCCGGGAUUCUUAGAGGCUUUCCGUCUAGGUUAUCCCGAUGACGCCUUGGCACCACUGCUGGCCAGUGAUUUCAGUGGGACAUCAGUCGACGAGAUCAAUUUCGAGAAGCCUAAUUGUAUCCCUGUUGGGCCGUUCACAGCUUUCGAUUACUUCGGUGACGGCUCAUUCUACCUCAUUGAUGCCCCUGGGCACAGCAUCGGACAUAUUGGUGCGAUCGCCCGGACUACAAGCAAUCCAGACACCUUUAUAUUCAUGGGUGCCGACUCGUGCCAUCAUUGCGGAGAGUUUCGUCCUUCUGAACGCCGCCCAACCCCUUGCGACUUUGGCCUUAGCUCGCCGACCUCGCUGCCAUCUGCCCCGUGUAGCAGACCGACGUCUGACCAGCGCAAAGAUCCUCCGCGCGGGUUGUGUGGAACGCCGUUCUAUUCGGUUACGCGAGACCCUCGAUAUGCCGAGUACACCCACAACCACGACGCUGCAGAUGAGACAAUUGUCAAGGUGCAAGAGAUGGACGGGUACGACAAUGUUUUCGUUAUCAUGGCACACGAUGAUUCUAUCCCUAGGAUAGUUGACAUUUUUCCAAAGCAUAUCAACCAAUGGAAAUCCCAGAAAUGGAACGAGACAGGUAGAUGGACGUUCUUGAGCGAUUGGAGUACGUUUGAUCUUGCUGGCGCCAAGGUGGGAAGCUAG